UGUUGGAAACUGUCGCGUAAGUAUGACGUAGUCCAGAAGGGACGCACGAGUUCUCAGUUUCACGUGAGAACAUCAACAACCACAUUUAAAGGAAAGAUGGGGAAGAAUAAACAAAAAGGCAAAAAACAGCAGAAUGUUUUCCAAGUGGCAAACAAACAUUUAAAGGUGAAAAACAAAGCCAAACCAGUCAAGACCACAUUAAAACACAUUAAUACAUUAAAGAAAGAGAAGGUGGAGAAUCUCAAUCAGAUAUUCACAGAAGUCCAGAGGGAUGUGAAAAGUGUGUCAAAAUCUGUUGCACCUACACCCAAGAAGCAAACUCUGGUUGUCAAAGAGCCCCCCAAAGAGGCUGUGAAUGUGGACAAUGCAGCUCAGCUCUUCUCUCAGUUGUAAUGGACCAAAUAUUAGAGACACUUUUCAUCACUACUUGUGCAAUUAUGGAUUUUCUGUGGUUCAGUGAUGAGAGGGAAUUGCAAGAAAACCACUCAAACGGAAGUAACAACAUUAUUUCAACUUGUUUUUGUCAACUGCUUUCACAUCACAACCUUUGGAGUGUGUCGAGAGCCUCUGGAUUCAGUGCAAAUCCAAGCGCACAAGUCAUAUCAACCUAAACAAUGCCACUAAGAGAACUACAAUCCUGUAAAAUUGCCAUACUCUGUAUAUUAAAUGUAACAAAACAAAUUGUUGAAGGGAUGUACAGCCUACUGAAUUAUUUGUGAGGCCACAUGGGAUUUGCUUAUUUCUAAUGAUUAUGCUAAUUUCCCUGCAUCAUGAGCAUGGUUAGCCCUAACUCAGAGUUUGUUUAUUUUGAAAAGUAGAAUACAUUGUAAUAAUAUGAUAAUGAAACAUGCUUCCAACAAUGUAAUUAGAAAUUAGCCUUAAAAUGACUGGGGUUAUUAAUAGCAUAACAUUUUAAUAUUGUUUAGCCAUGCACCCAUGUUUAGUACUAUGAAUUUCAUAAUUAACUUGUACGCUGUACUUUUGCCAACCCCAAGGGGAAAUUAUUUCAGUUAUGGACAUGCAAAUUCCAGAAAAAAUAAUAAGGUAAUUAAACAGAGCAAAAAUGGAAUUUCAGAUUUAAUAACAAAGAUAAUUAUUUUGUUAUAAUUGUUUUUUGUGGAAGAUAUAUUUUUUUUUUUUAUGGACUGUAAUGACAUGUACUACAUGAUUUAUGAACAUACUCAAAUGAAAUUCAAAAUUCAAAAUUAUCUAGUGUAGUGUCCUUAAAAAUAUCUGUCGAAAGGUUUUCAGCAUUAAAUGCUGUGUGUUGUGACAGAAAGCAUUUUUAAUGGGAAUAAAGUAGGGAAGAUGCAGUGAAUAGAAGUCAGGCUGGGUGCAGGUGACCCCCACUGUGAUCCAGAUGGCUUUGCAGUUGAACAGACCAGUACUUCCACACCAUUUUUCUGCAACCAACCACAGAAGAUGAAAAACAUCACCAGCCAGUCACAAGACAGAAGGAGAAUUAUAAAGGAAUUAGAUUAUUACAUAAAUUGAAGGGUUUUUUGUUGUUGUUUUUUGUUUUUUUUCUUUAAGAUUUUUUAUUUUUUUUUAUCUUAUAAUGUAGAAAAUAACUACCCCAUUGCGUUUUAGUUACAUGUCCACAAGAUGUCACCCUAAACACUUCACAUCAAUUAAUAAAUGAGGUGUGAAAGC